AUUAAAUGUUGCAAAUGCCAUCUUUCAUAUUUCUUCUUAAUCUUUCUUUUUGCGCAUUCUCUCCCAAGGUAACUUUUGGUGAGUACUGUACUAGAUAUUUACUGCAGCACGGCAUUGCUAACACUGCAAAGAAUGACAUUUUUAACUGGAACUCUGCAUCUGAACUUUUAAAAAAUAUUUAUAGGCCUUUCAUUUCCCAAAUCACUUAGUAGGAAUUCAUCCAUGAUUAAAUAUACUAAAAAUCCAAUAUAUAGAAGUAUUGUACCAUAAUCAAUGAAACGGAAUACCAGAAAAAUACAAGUCUAAGAUCCUUUAUUAGUUUAAUACAUGCUAUUGAAGACAUAUUCUAUGCCACAGUUGUAAUUUCAUACUAAUCUUAAAGGCCAAUAAUUUGAGAAACAGAAUGGGAAAUAUUAUUCACAAAGCUUCACAACUGAAUUUUUUUUCCCAAAAUUGAGUUUAUGCCUAUGUGUAUAUUUUUUUAUUGGGCUGCCCAAAUUCAUGUUAUAUCUCCCCCACAAUUAUUCACCUAUAUCCCUCUGGAAGUACAUCCAGUUUCAAUCAAGCCUACACAAAAGAAACUAAGAUGGAUGCAGCAGUCCUCAGCUGUGAUGUAAUUUUAUGUCUACAAGUGAAUGGAAUGUAACUUGAAUCCAUAACAUUGAAAUAAUUGGUAGGGAUAUUAGUAUUAACACCAGAGCCUUUUCAUUGGAAAAUAAAAAACAGACUAUUAAUUCUGAUGGGUUUUGGUUAUAAAUAGCCAUAUCUGAAAUUGACUAAUGAACACAUGGAAGGCAAUGGACAUGUAUUCUGAGAACAAAACUCAUGGUUUCAUUAAAAGUGGCAUCCAUCAGUAAGAGAGCAGAAAAAUUUCAAUCUACCACCUUUCCUUUUGGCAUUAAAUAUAAAGCCUUAUACAUUGUUCCCUUUGGUUUCCAGAGUGACCUUUGUUGAAAGUGAACUUGCAGACAUUAGGGUGGGGCAAGAUUAGGUUCAGCAGCAUAGUUGUUUACUGUUCCUUCUCCACACAGACAUGAUCACUUCAGAAGGUACUACAGGGCAACAUAUCUGCAGAAUUUUACAGCAGAAAAGCAGAAAUGAAAUGAGUGAUGAAAGAGAAAGUGUUUUAUCAGUUUUGCAUUUGAAAAUAUUAAACCACAAUAUGCAAUUAAUUGAAAGCAUACCUAAACAUGCUAAGGAUUACAUUAAAGUAUUACUCCAAUUAACACUGCAUUUCAAUACAGAUUUAAGUAUGAAUUAAAAUCCUGUGUGUGUGGAAGAGGCAUUUUAUAGCUGUUCUGCCUUAAUGUUUAAACCUAAUGCCAUAUUAAGGUUACAGACAGAACUAUCACUCAUGAAAUGCAGUGAAAAUCCAAGCAAAGCAAUUUAGGUUCCUUCAUUCAAUCAUCUUUACAGAUCCUUUCAUUUAUCAGCAUCUUUGUCUGAUAGCAAACACAGUAAUUAAAAAUAGAGACAUCAUAGUACAGAUUGUGUUAAAAUAUUCAAUUUUUGAUUUGCAUCAAGCAACUUGUACUUCAAAACGUUUUAAUGACAGCUAUAUUACCUUUUUCUGAAGGUAAGCUAAUUGCUUUUUAAGAGAUUUUUUGGUACAAGGCAUUCACUGUAGCAUAAGAAUAAGCUAUAAUUUUACUGGUAAGCACAGAACUAGACAAAUUAUUUACAAUACUUCCCCAUUUUAUUUAUUAGUCAUUUUCGAUGCUUCAAUGUCUGUUCAUCCAAUUUGCAGACUGCAUGCAGCAUGAAGCUCAUCAUCAUGCUACUGAAAAGCCUGAAAACAUUGCACGUCACAAGCUUACGCCAGCCUGCCACCAAUCUGCAAGUCUGCGUUCUUGCAGCACCAGCACAGCAUUCCGUUCCAAAGAGGCUUUCAGUCAAUGUGUUCGCACCGCUAGCUAGUCUCUGCACAAGUACUUCAUUACCAUCAACAAGUUAAGGACAGGACCACCAGCUGUGCAGCCGAAGGUUUGGGCUUCAAUUAACCAAUUGAAUGGACAAGAGAAGGAAAUGUUUGUUUUCAUUCACUCGCGAGAAAAAUCACUAUAGUCCUAAACCAGUGGAAAUCAAAGGAGGGCAAGGGCAAAGCUUUGGGAGGAAACAUUACAGCAGAGAUAGGUGAAAAAUUACUAUGGCAUUUUUUCUUUUUGCUUCUAACUGGAGUACUCGCCAUUGUCUUAUGUGAAAGCAAAUAGCAAUCCUUUUGUAUCGUGUCUUUUCAAAAAGCUGCCUCUUCCACUGGAACUUCUUUCCAGCUCACUGCUCAAGUCGUCUCAACAGAAGGAUAGUUGAAUGCAGUCUCCAAUGUGCAGAAGAGAAUGGGUUUGCAUUCGAAGUGGCCAUUGGGGGGGCCAACAACGGUGGCAUUGUGUGUGAUGAGCAUGUUGUUGAAAAUGCUGCCUGCCUCAGGCGCAGCAUGUCCACAGAAAUGCAGAUGCGAGGAGCUGCUCUUUUACUGCGAUUCUCAAGGUUUUCAAGGAGUACCCGAUAAUGUCUCCCACGGGUCUAUCGGCUUGUCACUCAGGCACAAUAGUUUUUUUCAACUGCAAAACGAUCAGUUUACAAGCUUUAGCCAACUUACAUGGCUCUAUUUAGAUCACAACCAGAUCUCUGUUAUUCAAGAGGAUGCCUUCCAAGGACUAUAUAAACUCAAAGAAUUAAUCCUCAGCUACAAUAGGAUUGUGCGUCUGGCAAAUACCACAUUCAGUCAGCUGAUUAACUUGCAGAACCUGGACCUGUCAUUUAAUCAAAUUACUUCUCUACAACCAGAGCAAUUCCACAGCUUACGGAAACUUCAGACACUACAUCUACGUUCCAAUUCACUAAGGACCAUCCCCAUAAGGGUUUUCUGGGACUGCCGAAGCCUGGAGUUUUUGGAUAUAAGCAACAAUCGUUUACGAAGUCUGGCUCGUAAUGGCUUUGCAGGAUUAAUCAAACUCAAGGAGCUUCACCUAGAGCACAACCAGCUGACAAAGAUUAAUUUUGCUCAUUUCCCGCGGCUAAUCAGCCUCCAAACACUAUUUUUGCAGUGGAACAAAAUAAGUAUCUUGUUAUGUGGAAUGGAAUGGACCUGGGACACAUUGGAAAAACUUGAUGUGACAGGAAAUGAAAUUAGAACAAUUGAUCCUUUAGUUUUCCUUACAAUGCCAAACCUCAAGAUACUCCUGAUGGAUUCGAACAAGCUAACUACCCUGGAUGCUCAGAUUGUUAACUCAUGGAAAUCUCUAACGCACAUCGGUCUCUCUGGCAACAUGUGGAUCUGUAACAAAAGUAUUUGUGCCCUUGCCUCCUGGCUAAGCAAUUUCCAAGGCCGAUGGGAGAACUCGAUGGUCUGUGCUAGCCCAGAGCACACACAAGGUGAGGACAUCCUAGAUGCUGUUCAUGGAUUUCAAAUCUGCAGCAAUCUUUCAGCAGCCACCACACAGAUAACCACUGGCUAUACGGAUCCUACACAACAGCCAGAAGCUACUGAGUAUAUAACAAAAUUAACACCCAUAGACUCCACUACAGAGGAUACUGAAAAUCCAACAACAGAAACAACUGCUGAAGACUUCCUUGAACCUGAUAAUACCCUCUUUACACACAGGAUAAUAACUGGAACAAUGGCUCUAUUGUUCUCCUUUUUCCUCAUUAUCCUUGUGGUGUACAUUUCACGGAAAUGCUGCCCUCCUACCCUGAGACGUAUAAGGCACUGCUCCAUGAUGCAACACCGACGGCAAAUUCGCCACCAAGCCAGGCAGCCUAUGGCAGAUUUAUCAACACAAGUACCCUAUAAUGAAUAUGAACCCACCCAUGAGGAAGGCGCAUUGGUCAUCAUAAAUGGUUAUGGACAAUGUAAAUGUCAGCAGCUGCCUUAUAAAGAAUGUGAAGUAUAAAUUAAUGAGCUCAUGUAACCAACAUACACAGUUUAAGAAAUGGGAAAUCUGUGAGUAAAAUGCUUUCAACUUUUAACUACAGAACUGAACUUUAAUAUUUUUUAUUUCCAGAAUAAAGUUACCAAAAUUCUGGCAUUGGUUCUCUUUCUCUAAACUGUACCUAAUGCUUCAAAUGAAAUUCAGCUUAAAUAUUUCAAUUUGGAUUUAGAACUGGCCAUUCUAGUUAUUUUAUCUGAUUGUAGCAGAAAUUACAAAGCUUUCACACAGAUAAUUAUGGCAUCUUAAAAGAACAUUUAAAAGAAAAUUCCUAGACCAUUCUAAACUAGACAAGUAUUUAAAAAUAUAUACAUACUAUUUGUCUUCCUUUAUCCUCAUUGGAAUCUCUCUUCAAAGAAAUGAGAAGACCUUUAGAUAACCAGCCGGUACAUGUUAAAUAUUGGGCUCAAAAUUGAUGUAUGCUCAAACUGUUAUGUAAGAGAUUAUAAAUGGCAAGUUUUCUUGAUUUUAAUAUUGAAAAGCACAGGUCGUCUUUCUGAUUGAAGUGAGGCUUUUGCUGGCUGAACAAAUACUUCCAUAAAAUUGUUUGCAAAAUACUCUCAAUUGCAUGAUCAUUUUCCUCAGUCUUGAAUAAAAUGACCCAGAAAGUUUAAAUACCAUGAUCAAAGGUUCACAGGGUAUCACAGUUAAUCUGCACUUGAUACCCUCGAUACCCUUGAAACAUGUUUAAUAAGUUUUAUUAGUUUCAUGACUUUGUAAAACAUCUAUCUGCAGUUUAGUAAACGGCUAUAGUAUAUACUUGGAAUGCUACAUUAUAUAAAUGCAUACAGCAAAGCUCUAAUGAUUAGGUUCAAGAGAUAGUCCACAACUGAGACUCUUAAUAAACCAGACAGUAGUGAAAUGCAAUUGUGACCCAUCUGAUGUAUUACCUAUUUUUCAAUU